AUGGUGAUCGAUAAGCGGAGCGUGCGCCGCGCCGCGCUGGUCCUGCUGCUGGUCUGCGUCGCGGCGGCGCGGGCUGUCUCGGCCGUCGGCGAUGGUCCUCUGUUGAACGGCAACUUCGAGGACCCGCCGAACCAGUCCCAGAUGAGCGGCUCGGUGGUGACCGGGGAGCACGCGAUCCCCUACUGGAAGACGUCCGGUCACAUCGAGCUCAUCUGCUCCGGCCAGAAGCAGGGGGACAUGGUCCUGACGGUGCCGGACCGCACGCGCGCCUUGUGGCUGGGCAACGGCGCCUCCAUCGAGCAGCAGAUCAGCCUCACGCCGGGCUUGUACUACUCCCUCACGUUCAGCGCGUCGCGCACCUGCUCCCAGGACGAGAUGCUCAACGUGACGGCCGCCCCCGUGUCCGGCUCCGGCGGCUCCCUGGCCCAGACCGGCGAGCUCCCCGUCCAGACGGUGUACACCAGCAGCGGCUGGGACUCCUACUCCUGGGCCUUCAAGGCGGAGGCCGGCCUCGUGUCCAUCAUCAUCACCCACAACUGCGGAGAACAGGAAGAUCCCGCGUGCGGCCCCAUCGUCGACGCCUUCGCCAUCAAGACGCUCAGCCAGCCUGAGGCCACGGGAGAUAACAUGCUGAGGAACGGGGACUUCGAGGAGGGCCCGUACAUCCCGCCGGAGUCGCCGUGGGGAGUGAUGGUGCCGCCGAUGGACGAGGACCACGUGUCCCCGCUGCCAGGGUGGAAGAUCAUGUCGUACAAGAAGUCCGUCAAGUACGUGGACUCGGCGCACUUCGCGGUGCCGCGCGGCGCGUGCGCCGUGGAGCUGGUGUCCGGUGUGGAGACCGCGCUGCUGCAGGAGGUGUACACCACCGUGGAAGGGAGCUGGUACAGGCUGGAGUUCUCGGCCGGGGACGCCGCCAACGGGUGCGCGUCGCCGUCGUAUGACGAUGGUUCCUCGUCGCCCGGGAUGAAGGUGAAGGCGUACGCGGGGCCGAGUGAAACCACCGUGGACAUCGAUUUCCGCGGCGCCGGCGGUUCCAAGCGCGGGAAGAUCGAGUUCAGGGCCACCGCGAGCCCCACCAGGGUGGUGCUCCUCAGCUUGGGCUACCACACCAAGUCCGACAACAGCGGCACGCUCUGCGGGCCCGUCGUAGACGACGUCUCGCUCGUCCCCAUACCGCAGCCGUAUGCUCGCCGGCUGCUUCUCUAG